UCUCCUGGCAACUCGGUGUAAAUAGUCCUCUAUGUUUGGCUUUACAACUCACAGUCAGACUGACAAAAUGAAUAAAAACUUGUCGUCGGGCUGACACAUUUCGAUAUCGUGCUCUUUCAUUUUGUCGAAGCAGCAUUUUGGAACGCGACUGGCCAUUAUUUUCGGGUACAAGGAUUUUAAACAAGGGGUAGAUCCUGCUUAAUUGCCAACCUUUGCUAAUACAAGCUAGUGCUCGCUAAAGUACUGUACCUAACUUAGCCUCUGUACUGUAGCUACUAGUAGCGGCUAACCAGCACAGUUGAUCUGGAAUAAACCUGCCAAUGGGACUGUUUGACAAACUAGCGGGAUGGCUCGGUUUAAAGAAGAAGGAGGUGAACGUGUUGUGUCUGGGACUGGACAACAGUGGGAAAACAACCAUCAUCAAUCAACUCAAACCAUCCAAUGCCCAGGCACAAGACAUUGUCCCAACCAUUGGCUUCAGUAUAGAGAAGUUCAAGACUUCAAGUCUCUCCUUCACAGUGUUUGACAUGUCAGGCCAAGGCAGAUACAGGAACCUGUGGGAGCACUACUACAAGGAGGGUCAAGCCAUCAUAUUUGUCAUCGACAGCAGUGACAAGUUGAGAAUGGUGGUGGCCAAGGAAGAGUUGGAUACACUCUUUAACCAUCCAGACAUAAAGCACAGACGGAUACCCAUCCUGUUCUUUGCCAACAAGAUGGAUGUUCGAGAUGCCCUGUCUUCAGUCAAAGUCUCCCAGCUACUGUGUCUGGAAAACAUCAAAGACAAACCCUGGCACAUCUGCGCCAGCGAUGCUGUCAAAGGAGAGGGUUUACAAGAAGGAGUGGACUGGCUACAAGAUCAGAUCAGAACGAUGAGAACAUGAGGGCAUAGAGGACCUCCUGGGGGAAACACACGGUAACCACCACAACGGUAACCACCACAACGGUAACCACCACAACGGCGAAGUCCCACCACAGCGGAAACCCUCACCCCACUUCCCAUACACACACGCUUGCCAUCUCUCUCUUCAAACCCACACGUUGAAGCCAGACAGACACUUCCCCAUUUUCCAUCAGCAGUGUUUGUGAAGCUGGCCUUAGAAGCAGCUGUUAGGAACACCUCGUUAGGUGAGCAGAUGUAGAAGGAGGUGCUAGGGUGUGACUUCUGCAGCUAACAGAAGAUAUUCUGUCUUAAUACUUGGCAGUUUGUUUUUUGGAGGGGAAAAAGUUUACCUCCAAAAAUGACAGAACAUUCAAUAUGAAUGAUAUGCUUUCAGUUGAUCUUUUCGCAAUAACUACUAAAUAAUUGUAUAAUAAAGUGUCUGGUGAGAUGUAUAUAGAGGUAUCAGAUAUAGGUAUGAUGCCUUAUCUAUUACCAAUCAGGUGAGACAAAUAUGCUGGUUUUCAUUUCAAAUCAUUAUAUUGCUAAUGGAAGGCCGUACAUGCCUCCCUGUAGUUCACAUGUGAAGUAACAUUAUGUUUAGGACUUUUCAUUAAUACAGUUGGACCAAGCAAUGCUAGUAUGUCAUCUCAAGUGUCAUCCCAAAUGUACCAGUCUGUUUGUAACCUGCAUUUAUGAUAUGAUGCUUGAUUUUUAUAAUAGCAGGUAUUUUCUUGUGGGUUAAAGAAGGUUUUUGUAUUAAAAUUCAUCCAUUCUGUUUUAUGAUUGUAUAAUUGAAUAUAAAACUGUUCUCGUCAAGGCACAGUACAUUCUGGUGCUCAGGUGAUAUCAAGUCUUGAUGGAACGUCUCAGUACUUUCCCAUUCUUCAUUGUAAAGUAAAGGUGAUAAUGAAGUGUCUGGAUUGUUUGUAGUAUUCAAAGCAUCCACAGUUAUUGUAUAGUGUGUACUAUUAAGGCUACAUAUGCUGUAGAGAAUUUGUAUUCAAAUGUUGUUGAUAAUGUACACAUUGCAACGUAUACAUGCUUGGGCAAAAUAAAUGAGUAUGAUU